AUGGCUUUUAAACAGGGAUUGCAGGAAAUUUUGGAAGGAUAUCUGAGGAUUUUGACAAAAGCUGAACAAGAGUUUUGUGUAUUUGAAGAUGAUUCUGAAAGUGAGACAAUACAAAAUAUAAUGCCACUCACCUAUUUAAAACAAUUACUAAGAGAUUAUGAAAUUAUUUUCCCUAAAUUACUAGAUAUCAUUCAACAAGUUGAAAGUGAAAAUUUAAUUGGAGCCAGAUUGUUAGAUUUUUUACAUAAUUCUACAUUUUCUGGAAUACCUAUUAUUGAGGCUACUAUAACUAAAUUACUUUUUCACUGCAAUGUAGUAUUGAUGAAACAAAUAUCAGCAUGGAUGAUUUAUGGAAUAAUAUCUAAUCAAAGCGAGUUUUUUAUUUAUGAAGAUAAUCAAUCUAAUUUGAAUAAUUCUAAUUUGGAUGAAAGUAUUUCAUCCUCUCAUGCUAACAGAGAUAAUUGGAAUAAGCAAUUCGUUCUCAAUACUGAUGAAAUUCCAUCAUAUAUUUCACUUCGAGUUGCCCAUAAAAUUUUAUUCAUAGGGAAGGCCAUAAAGGUACUGCAAACAUUUAACACCAUAUCAAAUACACAUAAUCAAUACAAGCUACCAAAUGACGAGCUGGUAGAAUUUAAACAAGCCAUGAACAUACAUGAGACUAAAAAGAGAUACAAUUCAUUUAAUUUCGAGUUUACGAUUGACAAGAUACGCAUGACUGUUGGUGGUCAUUUGUGGAAUCUGGUAGUGUCGGAUUGUGAUUUGCUGGGCCAUAUCAAGUCAAUUAGGGACUACUUUUUCUUGGGAAUGGGAGACUUUUUCCUCUAUUUGAUCGAGGAUUUAGAAAAGAUAUUCUCACAACACUAUACACCACAACAUUUACAAAAGGAUUUGAAAAAUAUUUUCAAACAAGCUUCAUCAAAGAGCUCAGCUGAGGGUGAAAAGUUUUUGAACAUCUUUACUCCAAGCUAUGAAAAGAUAAUUCUUAAGGAGGAUUCUACCAAAUUUGACCUUCUCAAAUCCAAACAUUGGCCUAAUGAAAUUUCUCUGCAAUUCAGAGUUGGUUGGCCGCUCAAUCUCUUCUUUACAGAAGAUAUUAUUGAGCUUUACAAUGAUAUUUUCCAAUUCAUGUUAACUUGUAAAAGAAUGGAAUUGAAACUCUCCAACUCGUGGCUACCCCUUACUAGAAGUAGAUCUUCAAAACCAUUCCCAGAGCUUUCUUGGACACUAGUGUUGAGGUCUAAAAUGUCAAAUUUCAUGUACAAUUUACAAUUUUAUUUACAUACAGAAGUUACUGAUAGCGAAUUUAUGGCUAUGGAAAAGUCAAUUUCCACAGAAACCAAAGACUUUGAGACAGCUAGAAAAAUACAUACCAAUGCCAUCCUAAAGAUACAUCAAAGAUGUUUCCUCAAUAAGAAGCAAAUCAUGAUACCAAUCUAUACUAUUUUUGAUCAAUGCACUCAAUUGUGUGAAAUUAUUUAUCUACUCAGUCAAGAGCUAACACAAGCAAACUUUCAAAAAUCAGCAUCCCGUUUGGAACAAGUUGAAAAGGAGUUUGAAAGAAAUAGGAAUCUUCUUGUACAAAUAGCACCAUUUCUCUUUUCAAUCAUUGAAAAUAAAGAUGAUGUUUAA